UUGAUACAGAAGUGACGGGGAAUUACAGAAAUGUCUUCUGUCCUGCAGGAAAUCAGUCCAAGUGUGAAGAACAUAAAGCAGCUGGAGUAUGGAGCUCUGAUCAGACGAGCAAGCCAGCUCAGGAAAGAGCUCAGGCAGAAAGUGAGAAAGCCAUACAAAGAAAUGAUAGAUGUCUCAUCGGGCGACCCACACAGGGCAGGUGUGAAGCCUCUGUCAUUUGUCAGACAGGUUCUUGCAGCUUGUCUUUACCCUCAGCUUAUAAACAGCAACAAACUGCCAGUGGAUGUCAGACAGAGAGCUCAGUGGCUGCUUAAGGGAUGUGAUGGAGGGAGUGUAGGUGCUUAUAGUUCUACAGCGGGCAUACCAGACAUAGUCCGCAGAGUCUCUGAAUUCAUAACAAGACGAGAUGGUGGGGUCCCAUCUCACCCUGAAAACAUAUACAUCAGCACCGGCUCACAGUGGGCACUCACGAACAUCCUCAACGUCUUGGUAAACCGUGAGGCAUCACCCAAAACAGGUGUGCUGAUCCCAGCGCCAUGCUACUCACUUACUUCUGAGUCCAUAAUGGAGUGGGGAGGAGUCACUGUCCCCUACUACCUCAGUGAGGAGCAGGGCUGGGAGCUGCAGAUGGAGGAGCUGCAUCGAGUGCUGGAAUCUGCAAAGGGGGUCUGCAACCCUGUAGCUCUGUAUGUUGUCAACCCUGGGAAUCCAACAGGUCUGGUUCAAAGCAGGGAGUCGAUGCAAAGGGUGAUCCGAUUUGCUUCAGAGAAGAGGCUCUUCCUUCUGGCUGAUGAGGUCUAUCAGGACUUUGUUUAUGGGGAGAAAAGCAAGUUUUUCUCCUACAAGAGGGUUCUGGCUGAGAUGGGUCCUCCUCUGUCAGACACAGUGGAGCUCGCAUCCUUCGCCUCAGUAUCCAAAAGCUUGAGCGGAGAGUGUGGUCUGCGUGGUGGAUACGUGGAGCUGGUAAAUCUGGACCCCACCGUUCUGAAAUGCAUCAGCAACCUGUUCUCAAUGGACAGCUGUGCACCCGUGCUGGGUCAGUUUGCCCUGGAUCUGAUGACAAACCCUCCACAACCAGGAGAUCCCUCAUACCCACUUUAUUGUGUGGAGACUCAGAACAUCAGGAGGAUGAUAGCUCAUAAUGUGAAGAGAGUCUUUGAGGUGCUGAACAGUCUGCCGGGUUUCUGCUGCCAGCCCGUGGAAGGAGGAGCAUUUGCAUUCCCCAGAGUGCAUCUUCCACCUAAAGCCAUUCAGAAAGCCAAGGAAAUGGGAAUGCCACCUGAUCUGUUCUACAGUUGCAGACUACUGGAGGGGGCUGGGGUGGUUGUCGGACCUGGUUGUGAGUACUCACAAAAGGAGGGCACCCAUCACAUCAGAAUUUGCAUUUUGGCUGCUGAGGACACUAUGGAAGAAUUACUAAGACGCCUGACCAGCUUUCACCCACAAUUUAUGAAGCAUUUCUCUUAAACAGAAGGCAAUCACUUUCAUCCAUCUGCACAUCAAUAAUUCAGUCAAAC